CACAGCAGUCAGGAUGGCAAAGGAGAAGGUUACGAUGCUCUGCCCGGAAGAAAUUCCUGCCAACACUCGUUAUUCGGUUGCUUUAAAGCACCUCGCACAAUCCGAUGACAGUGUGGCUAAGUUAUCGUUUCAAGAACUUGGCGAUGAAGGAUGCAGACAUUUCUACAAAAUUUUAUCUGCAUCCCAACGCGUUUGGGAAUUUGUGGACAUUAGCUGCAACAACAUUGGGACGUUCGGUACCAGAUGGAUUUCUCGAAGCCUAGCAUCGGGAAGCAUUCGAAACCUUGACAUCAGUGCGAAUGCUAUCGGAGAUGAAGGAUGUAAGAUACUUGCCGAGGCUUUGGUAGGAAACAGAACAUUGCGCAAUCUUGAUCUUCACGCCUGUAACAUUAGGAGCCCGGGUGCUAUUAGCCUUGCUCAAGCACUUUUUCAGAAUGAAAUGCUUCAAUACUUGAAUCUUCGAGCGAACUAUGUCUGCGAUGAAGGGGCAUCUGUGUUAGCCAGACUUGUCAGAGCGAAUACUUCGUUACG